AUGAAAUCUUCUUCAAUAGUUAGAACUUUAAUUGCCUUAGCAGGUUCUGUAUCUGGGUUAACCAUUUCGGAACCAACAGUUCAGAAUGGUGCAAUAAAUUUAGGCCUUAGAAUUGGAGACGAUUUAGAUAUCAAUUCGGAUGCAUAUCUUACCAUUAUUAAUGCUAUCCUUUCAGCUGAUGUUGGUGUUGGUAGCAUUAAUAACAAUGGUGGAUUUUAUUUCAAGUAUGAUGGUGGUAUUGCUGCAGUUUCAGCGGCCGUAGCUACUGGUGACAUUGGCAAUGAAGGUACCAUCGUGUUCAGUUCAGAAACAGACAGUCUUGCAACUGUUUUGGGGUUGACUACAGCUCUUGGUAAAUUCAAAAACGGUGCAGAUGGUAAAGUAUAUUUUGAUUCACAAGAUGGUGUCGCAUCAGUCUAUGAAUUAGUAGGUGUAAAUGGAUGGGAGAAUGAUGGAUUAAUAUAUAUGAGACAAUCCGACAACUUAGUUGGUACUGCACUUAUUAAUUCUGUUAAUAUUGGUGGGUUAUUAAGUGGGUCCGUACUUGAAGCAACAAAUGACGGCUCAAUUUGUUUAGAUAGUACUGCCUACACUCAACUCUUAUCUAUUCAAGGUGAUGGAUGUAUGACAGUUAUGAAUGGUGGGUCUAUUAACUCUUUGCUUGAUAUUGCUACAGGUGUUAUUAGUCUUGAUAAUGACAUCUAUUUGGCAGAUGGAAAUUCUAAUCUUCAAAUAGGCCUUGGAAGUUUGAGUGUAGGUAUUGAUGGUGUUAUCGAUAUAGGAACUGCUCCUACAUAUAAUCUUUACGGAUUUGGUGGUGGAAAUGAACUUCAGAUUUUAGGACUUGGAGCUAUCGAUGGACUUAGUAAUAUUCCAUUACUAGGACCUGUAUUAGAUCUAGUUUUAAACCUAGUAAGUGGACUUGUCGGAAAUGUUAUUUUAGGACCAGAUAUUAGUUAUGACAGUGAUACCCAAAUAUUGACUGUUGACAUGAAUGUUUUACCCGCAGUCAUAAAUGCCGCCAAAACACUUGUUCCUAGACUUCCAAGUGGUAUUACACUUUUGAGCUCUAAAUAUAGGCUUAACGGUGACUACGAUAGUACUAAGUUUGAAGUUCAGGGUACAAAUAUUGUAUACAAUGGAGACGUACCAAGUCAACUGGUUCCUCAAGCUUGUACUGCUUGUACCUCAGUAACUAUCCCAACUAUCCCAACUGGUACAGUGACUUCAAGUACUACUUCAUCCACUUCUACUGGAUCUGACAACGGCUCUAGUGCUACCGGUUCUAGCAAUAGUGCAACUCCAACUGGAUCCGACAACGGCUCUAGUGCUACCGGUUCUAGCAAUAUUGCUUCUCCAACUGGAUCCGACAACGGCUCUAGUGCUACCGGUUCUAGCGAUAGUGCGUCUCCAACUGGAUCCGACAACGGCUCUAGUGCUACCGGUUCUAGCAAUAUUGCAUCUCCAACUGGAUCUGACAACGGCUCUAGUGCUACCGGUUCUAGCAAUAUUGCAUCUCCAACUGGAUCUGACAACGGCUCUAGUGCUACCGGUUCUAGCAAUAUUGCAUCUCCAACUGGAUCUGACAACGGCUCUAGUGCUACCGGUUCUAGCGAUAGUGCGUCUCCAACUGGAUCUGACAACGGCUCUAGUGCUACCGGUUCUAGCGAUAGUGCGUCUCCAACUGGAUCCGACUACGGAUCUAGUGCUACCGGUUCUAGCAAUAUUGCAUCUCCAACUGGAUCUGACAACGGCUCUAGUGCUACCGGUUCUAGCGAUAGUGUGUCUCCAACUGGAUCCGACUACGGAUCUAGUGCUACCGGUUCUAGCAAUAUUGCAUCUCCAACUGGAUCUGACAACGGCUCUAGUGCUACCGGUUCUAGCGAUAGUGCGUCUCCAACUGGAUCUGACAACGGCUCUAGUGCUACCGGUUCUAGCGAUAGUGUGUCUCCAACUGGAUCCGACUACGGAUCUAGUGCUACCGGUUCUAGCAAUAUUGCAUCUCCAACUGGAUCCAACAACGGCUCUAGUGGUUCAGGUUCUGACAACGGAUCUGGUGGUUCAGAUUCUGACAACGGAUCUGGUGGUUCUGGUUCUGACAACGGAUCUGGUGGUUCAGGAUCUGACAACGGAUCUGGUGGUUCUGGUUCUGACAACGGAUCUGGUGCUACUGGUUCUGACAACGGAUCUGGUGGUUCUGGUUCUGACAACGGAUCUAGUGGUUCUGGUUCUGACAACGGAUCUGGUGGUUCUGGUUCUGACAACGGAUCUAGUGGUUCAGGAUCUGACAACGGAUCUGGUGGUUCUGGUUCUGACAACGGAUCUAGUGGUUCUGGUUCUGACAACGGAUCUGGUGGUUCUGGUUCUGACAACGGAUCUGGUGCUACUGGUUCUGACAACGGAUCUGGUGCUACUGGUUCUGACAAUGGAUCUGGUGGUUCUGGAUCUGACAACGGAUCUAGUGGUUCUGGUUCUGACAACGGAUCUGGUGGUUCUGGUUCUGACAAAGGAUCUAGUGGUUCUGGUUCUGACAACGGAUCUGGUGGUUCUGGUUCUGACAACGGAUCUGGUGCUACUGGUUCUGACAACGGAUCUGGUGGUUCUGGUUCUGACAAAGGAUCUAGUGGUUCUGGUUCUGACAACGGAUCUGGUGGUUCUGGUUCUGACAACAGAUCUGGUGCUACUGGUUCUGACAACGGAUCUAGUGGUUCAGGUUCUGACAACGGAUCGAGUGCCUCUUCUUCCGCAGAAGUUCCUAUUGCAUCAGUAAAUGAAAAUGGUGCAAACAAAGUUGAAUUAGGAGCUUUAUUUAUAUACCCAUUAUUGGCUUUAAUUCCUUUCGUGAUCUGA